AUGCACGUUUACCAAGCCCCACCCGAUGAUGUGAUCAUGCACAUUUACCAAGUUGCACCCAAUGAUGUGAUCAUGCACGUUUACCAAGCCCCACCCGAUGAUGUGAUCAUGCACGUUUACCAAGUUGCACCCAAUGAUGUGAUCAUGCACGUUUACCAAGCCCCACGCGAUGAUGUGAUCAUGCAUGUUUAUCAAGCCCCACGCGAUGAUGUGAUCAUGCACAUUUACCAAGCCCCACCCGAUGAUGUGAUCAUUCAUGUUUACCAAGUUCCACCCGAUGAUGUGAUCAUUCAUGUUUACCAAGUUCCACCCGAUGAUGUGAUCAUGCAGGUUUACUAUGCCCCACCCGAUGUAUGUUUACCAAGUUCCACCCAAUGA